CAGACACAGGUAAGAUAAGAUAAGGCAGGAUAAAUUUUGAACAGCCAUUCCAAACCCUAGUGUUCAGUUCCCGUCUGCCUCUCUCCCUCUCCUUUUCUAAUCCUAGGGUAUCAGACAGACCAGUAUAGUAGUAGUAGGUAAGGGUAGGCAAUCUCUCUUCUACAACGAUAGUUUCCUGUCCACCAUUACAUGAUAGAUAGAUAGAUAGAUAGGUAGCAAGGAUAGAUUCUGAUUGUGAAUGGACAUGUCUAGAUCACAAAUUUAUCGAUCUGAGGCAUUGUAGGUAGGUACGAUUAUGUGUGUGUGUGUGUGCACAUAUGCACAUAUGUAGGUAUGUUUCCAAUGUUCACGCAUUCGUUAUUAAACCUUUAUACACAUCGGUUAAGAGACACUAGCAGCAUUAAAACAGAUUGAUUUCGGCGCUAGCGUUGUCUUCAAAUUUCACUUCACAUUUUGGAGUUUAAUCACAGUUUUCACACUUGAUUAAAGCAACAAAAUACAAAAAACACUAUCUAUCUUUCUAGCAUUAUAUAUAUUUUAUCUAUCUUUUUGAUCAUACAAUAUAAAAAUGGCAACUCGAACACAGGAUUUCGGUAUUGAUGUGGCUAUUUCUAGAAAGUUGAACAGCAGAUACGAUCCAGAUGCCGAACGUCAAGUUAUUGGUUGGGUACAACAGCUAACGGGACAGAGUAUUCCAUUGGGACGUGAAAAUGUUCAAAGAUCACUUAAAAAUGGACGUAUCCUAGUUGAACUUAUUAAUGCUGUGUAUGAAAGAACGCCUAAUUUACCACCAAAAGCUCAAACAAUUCGAAGACCAGUUAAACCAAAUGCUGGAAAUGCACCAUUUAAACAAGUAAGAGAUAUGCUUAUACUUUUCUGUGAAAUAUUUAAUGUAUUAUAA